ACAAGGAAGUGAUGCUUGCAUCUACUCGAAAGCAGUAGUUAACAAUGAUUAGCAACAACUACACCUCUAACUAAUAUUAUACUACUACCAUCUGUAGUAAAAUAAAAAAACAAACUACUCACAGCAUUUAUGGAUCGAUUGAGCAAGAAUAUGUUGGACUGAAAGAUCGCUUUAAAUGAAUUGGAGGUGACUCAACAAUGGUUUGGAUAUCUGGGUUUGUUGCUUUCUGAAAUGUGCCUUACUAAUCGUCUACUUUAUAUAACUUUAGGGAGGCAACAAUAACCUAAAGAAAUUUAAAUAUGUUUCACGUUACGCGCUUAUUUGUAUAACACUUUAAGAGUCUCACUGAAAACCAAUACAGACCAUGUCACUGGCUGAACAGUCUCAAAAGUGGUUUCCAACUCAUGUCCAAGCCACUGUUCUUCAAGCUGCUAAUUUACAACCCAAGGGCAAAAAUGGCACCAAUGAUGCUUACACCAUUAUCCAGCUGGGCAAGGAAAAGUACUCAACAUCAGUGGCAGAGAAGACCCUCAAUCCUGAAUGGAGAGAAGAAGCUUCCUUUGAACUACCAGGGUUACUUUUGGAUGGCAACCCAGAAGUCUAUGAGCUGUUGUUCAUUGUUAUGCAUCGGUCCUUGGUCGGGCUUGACAAGUUCCUGGGUCAGAGAGCCAUCAAACUCAAUGAAGUUUUUGACAACAAGCAACGACAGAAAACCGACUGGUACACCUUGCAGUCCAAACCGUCGAAGAAGAAAAAGGAGCGAGGACGCAUUCAAGUCAGCAUCCAGUUUAUGCGGAAUAAUAUGACAGCCAGUAUGUUUGACCUGUCCAUGAAGGAGAAGCCCCGCUCACCUUUUUCUAAGCUUAAAGUCAAAAUAAAGGGGCGCAAACAUGACGGUGACACAUCUUCAGCCAUCCUACCGCGCUCUGCAGCGUGCGACUCAGACGCUGAUUAUCAUCCAACUGCCACACAACCGCGAUCUCAGCCUGAGACGAAAGCUAAGAAAUCGUUACUCUCUGGUGCCCAGAAACUCUCUGCAGCGCACUCCAUGUCAGAUCUUAUUGGGACACACUUUCGACCAAAAUUAGACUCCAUGAAUUCCAUAGAAGAAAGCGGCACAGCUGCUCCUCACAGGCGUUCUCAGAGUGAGGUACCAGACCUCCAAGACAACGAGGCACACGGUGACCCUUUUACUGAUAUCAGUGACACCCUGCCACAAAAGUAUGCCACGCUCCCACGCAACCGCAAUCCAUUCGAGGGGGAUCAAGGGCAGCUGUGGGACAAGCCCAAGGAGAAAAAGGAGAAGAUCAGUCUACUGGAACGUAUGACCGGAAAGAAGGAUGGCCGCAAGACCAGCAAUGGGGGUCGUUUGGGCAGUGAAGGCAGUUCAGGAGACUUGCGCUCCCCGAACCCUUUUAGUGGCGAUUCAAAAAUGCACAAUAACCCUUUCAGCUCCAACUAUAAAACAAGUGACAAAAAGCCACUUGGAAAUAAAGACCUCAUUCUGAACCAAGGGAGCAGGGACAUCUACGCCAUGAAAAAUGAUGUGGUACAGGGGAAUAUGGACGCCUAUAGAAACUUGUCGUUUGAGGAAGUGGUGCAAGAUCUCAUCAAGCAUAAAGAAAUCGUGAAAAAGAAAGAUGCCCACAUCAGAGAACUGGAGGACUACAUAGAUAACCUGCUAGUCCGCGUCAUGGAGGAAACACCAAGCAUACUGCGGACACCCUAUGAACCUAAGAAAAAAGCAGGUAAAUUUAAUAAAAAGUAGAAAGACCACUGAAAAAAACUACAAUAAUAAACAAAGUGAAAGGAAGAUUACUAAUUCUGUAUGAUGAUCCUUGAAGAAGAAAUUAAACACUUAACUGUAUGUCCAGUUACAGAUUUGCUUUCAUAAACUUGAAAGUGACCAAUACUGUGCUUAUUAGGUACGUAAACAAAAUGGCAUUUAUCAGUGAAUUUAAAUUAAAUGCAGUUAUUCCUCACAGCUCUGAUACAGUAUCAGUGUUUGCACUGGUGAGGCAACAGUGGCCUGUUGCUCACUUAGCUUCUAUCAAGUGCAUACAAGCUUUUCAGGUUUAAAAAAAAAAAAAAAAAAAAGGCAAAAAUGUGUUUACUAGAAUCUGUGGAAGCUAGCACAUGCUGUUAUUAAAAUGUAAUUGUGAUUCAUUUGUGACACUUAUGUUUACUCUUAAGCACACUUCUUAAACAUGCCACAUUUAGUCACCCUGUUAAUUCUAAAGCUGCUUCCACAGCUUCACUCUCUCGUGCUUAUUAAUGUUUUAAAUGAACAAAUUCAACUUUCUCAAUCUUGCUAACUUUAUUUGAAUUGUCAAGACUAUCAUUUAAGGGUGUCGGUGAAGUUUUUCAACUGGAUGUAACAUUUGAAGUGCAAUAAUCUUGAUUUAAAAAUCAUGCUUCAUGUUUUGCUGGAAUUUGAUUUCGUUUUAAGUUCAUCUCACAUUUGAAUUGUUUUGGGUAUAUUUCUGUUACUUUUUUUUUUUCUUUCAAUACAAAUUACUGGGGAGUAUGUAUUGAUUGACGCUAACGCAGUUUUGUUACAUUUUAAUACUAAUGUAUUUGUAUGGUACUUUAUGUAAAACUGCUUACUGUAUCCUACUACCCUGGAAAAGACUCAUGUGGUAUUGACACUGGUACUAAAAGGCUUGUAUUACCGACUGAUACAGCAAUGUAUCACGCUUAUUUUUUUAAAUAUGGUUUUGUGUGUACUGUACCGCAGUAUAUCACAGCACUUUGUGUGUCCAUGGAAAAUGUCUCAACUCAAUCAAUAUAACGAUGUCUUCCAUACAGUCAGUAAACAAAAAAAUAUUAGACAAAUACUAUUCUCGUUUGACAGUACUGUCAUCACGUUCUGAAUUUGUUUGAACAAAAUCACCAAAUUUCUAUUGCGCUGAAUGGUGGGUUUACAUUUGUUUAUUACUUUAAAAGAAGGCGGCUACAUCUCGCACAGUGUUAAAUUAUGUUUUGUACUGUCAUUAUAGCUGUCUUACACCCAAAGUUACAUCAGAAGUCUUAAAUCACCUGUUGAUUGUACCAUUCUUGCUCUAUUUAUUCCAUUUUUGCUAUUUAUGAUACCAAAUUCACUGAUGUGAUUGGAUGCAGUUUCUAAAAUAUUAGUUGAGCAAUCAGCAUUGUUUUUUUUUUUUUUUUUAAUGUGGUUACAGUAGUUAUUAUACCCGAAUGUAUAUGGUUUUGUACAGAAAAGCCAAACUCUAUUAGUGAAUGUAUUUUAGUUUAAAUAACAAAAUGUGUCAUUGUUGAACCUUACUUGCCUUUUAAUUCUUUUGUAGUUCCAAAGAAACGAACUGUAUUUAGCUAGAUUUAUUUUGACUCAAUCCGCUGUAUGUCAGAUUUCAUGUGACCAAACCCGGCAAACAGGAUGGCGGACUUUCAGUGUAUGAGCCACUAUCAAACAUGUCUAUUAGUUGCUGAAAUGAUAUAUCAUGUAUUUAUACCAGUGCGGUAUGAUGUGCGUAAAAACAAAUGAAGGAUUUUACAUUUUUUUUUUUUUUUACACAAUUAUGAUUUAAUGCCGGGAUUUUGAGUGACUUAGCUUAUAGUGCUUUUGUAGCAUGAAGACUGUACUAAAUAUGAAUCACUUUUCCAAUUUGUAUAAUCCCCUCACUGAUUGCCUUCUAAUAUGUGCUCUAGUGUUACCUCUUGUUACGCACUUACCCUACUGCUUUAAGUGUGUAUGCAUAGUUAGCCAGUUAUAAUGGACCUUACUUGCAGGCUGUAGUAUUUCCACUGUAUUUAAUCUUUGUAUUAUCUGGCUUCUUUCUGCUUAAUUUACUGCUCAUUUUGUUGUGCUUGAAAAUAUUUGAAAAUGUAUCCUCUAUAGAUUUACAAGUGCAGUAAAAAAAUAUUUUAUCGGUAGACAACUCACCACCUGUUUUCCAUUCAAGCUAAACGUGACAUAAUAUUAAUUCUCAGGAAUUUAAAUUGUUUUUCUACUCAGGCAUUUUUAUAGCUGAGGAUGAUCCAACAAACCAAAUAAAUCAAUAGAUUUCUAUCAGCGUGAUGGACAACAGCAUGUAAUUUAUGCUUAUUCCCACCAGGUGCCUGCAGAGUGAAGGCACGCAUCAGCUUUGUGUUCUACUCAAAUGAUGAAAUAGGAAUACUAAGGAUGAGAUACAUUAAACAUUGAACACAUUUGGACCCUGAAGGGGAUUUAGUUCGAAUGAAAGAAAGUGAUUGUGUUGUAAUGAAUUAAUUUUGCCUGUCAUUUUUUUGCCUUUUAGCUUGAUUGCUACAUUUGCUUUAUGCUAUACUAUAAUUUGGUUCUUUGCUAGAUGUCAGACUGCAACACGUAAAUCUAAAAUGAAGAGCAUUUUCAAAUCAUUUUCUAGCGCAACACUCAAAGGCGGUGACUAUCAUUAUGAUACUUCUCUUGAGCAGCCUCUUUGCAUAAUGUUUUUCAUCCAGUUAAUGCAGCUUUUUGAAUAUGCAAAACACUAAAUAUGCUCCGAGGUAAUGUUUUCUUUAAAACCCACAACUGUUCUACACAGCCAGUAGAUACCUAGCCAAAAAAGUCUGAUUGAUGUGUAGAAUUGUUGUGGGUGAUUCUAAGCCCGUUCCAUAAAACAUUGCAAAAGUGGUGAGAGUUGCUUUCAUAGUUUGUCUUUUCCUGCUUUGUAUUAUAAUUUUCUUUCAUUUUCAAAAGAAAUGGACCAGUAUAACUUUGUUUAGUAAAACAGUUAAAAUUAUAUGGCACAAUGAGUUAAGUUGACCAACAUGCUACUGUUUAGGUUAAAAGUUUUGCUCUAAAACGUGUCCUUGGUCCUCUAAAUAAUUUAUCCACAUGCCUCCAAGUCAUUGUAAUUAGUAGAUUUUUUUGGGGGGUAUGGGUGGAUUGGGGUCACGUUUCUCUAAAUUGAAUCUAAUCUAGAACACCUCCAUCCUGCUUUGAUUGUUAAAAAAAACACACCUUUCUAAAAGGUUGGAAGUAAACUGACAUAUAUUACAUUAAUAUUUGCGUAAUGGCGAGUUUGAGGUUUUUAAACCAGCAUGUUUGGAUACAAGUUUGUGUUGAAUUUUGGGGUUGAUUGGGGAUUUAGAGAGAAUUGUGUUUAAGGUUAAGGCAACAAUAAUUCAGAAAUGCUGACUGUAUGUCAUGUGCCAAUUGUAAAGUUCUGGGGGGGAAAAUGCUUACUCAUGCUAAAAAAUUCCAAAAGUCAUUUGAAACUUUUAGCUAUUGCUGUGAUGGAAUACCAAAAGUACUCCAAAUGUUUGAAAGGCACAGUCAAGAUUGUUUUGUUCUUUUCAAUAAAGUCACUCAAAAAAAUGAUGACUCACUGGUCAUAUAUUUUUUAAACUACAUAUAAUUAAUUCAGUUAAGACAAACGAUGUGUAUUCUGUAAGUAAACAUAAUCCAGAAUAGAACAUUUCUUUCAUGAAAUAUGUGUCCUUCCAUUUUUCAGAACUCAUUAU